AAUGCCUUUCCCGUUCAUCUGUUGUUGUUGUAAAACUAAAAGAAAAGUAACAAUGAACAAAGCAACACAUAGUUCAGUACAAUUCAAAAACCCGGUCGUUGAAAAAGAGUUAGAAAAAGAAGAAAAAGAAAAGCUUGACAAAGAAAUUAAUGAAAAAGUCGAGAUAAAAACACGGGAACUGCAAAAGAAAGUUACGGAAUUAACACGUAAUCUGGAAAAGGUCAAUAUAGAUCUAUGUGAAAGAAACAGUAUCUAUGAAAAAUUAAAGCAACAGCUUGAAUCGGCAAACAAGCAUAUUAAGAAAUUGAGUGAAAAAUUAACUCAAACUGAAAAAAUCCACAAAACUAAGGAGACACACUAUGAAGAACAACUGAAGAAGAAAGAAACAAAAAUUAAGAAUUGA